GGGGUCCCAGGAUGGAAAGGAGGAACCCCAGCCUGUGUGUGGAAGAUUGGUGAACUGUUUGUACCAUCAGGCUGCAUCCCAGGAGCAGAACUGAACUGAGGGGAGCUGGACUGGAGCCUGCCUUGCUGCGCUGCAUCCUUCGGUAGAGAAUCAGCCCUGCCAAGAGAUCUCACAAAACCAACGGAUCUGAGGACAGUCUCCAGUGAUCCUGAGGGCCCCGUCUCCGCAGCAGGAUCAGCCUCCACACACACGCCACCGCACUACCGCCAGGACACGACAGGCACCGGGCACACGUCCACCGCAAUGGCAUUCCAGCCAGGAGCAGGGUCAGGGGGACGGCCGAGUGAACCCCAUGGGAAUCAGGACAAAGACAUGAAGGAUUUGUCUGACAGAUUCCCUAUGAACGAGGAUGGUAGUGUCACUAUUUUGGACCUUCCCGUGCCGUUCAUCUUCACCCUGCGUGACGCCAAGCAGAAGGUCGUCCGCUUGCAGAGCAAUAAUCUUGUGGCCGAGGCCUCCAACUCGGACCCUGAGAAACUCAGCGUGGUGCCCAACCGGUUCAUACAGGGCAAACAAUAUCCCAUCAUCCUGGGUGUCCAGGAAGGAAAAAGCUGCCUGUCAUGCGGAACGUCGGCCGAACCUACGCUGCAGCUGGAGGAUAAGAAUAUCAUGGACUUAUUUGCAGACAAGGAGCAAGCCGCUCGCUUCACUUUCCACAACAUUCCUGAAGGCAGCACCCACCGCUUCGAGUCGGCCGCCUACCCGGGCUGGUUUCUCUGCACCUCCCAGAAGAGCAGCGAGCCCAUCCGCAUCACCAACCGCACGGGCGAGACAGAGAUCACUGAGUUCUAUUUUAAAAGGAUUCUGCCCUAAUAGCCGCCUGCGAUGGGAAGACA